GCAACUCCAUUUUGUUAAAGUAGCGUGCUCUUUUGGGAUUAAAGUUUAGGAAGCUCUGCACCGGCGCGACCGUAUCGUCUUUUAUUCAAAAUUUGAAUAUUAUCACAUGAUAACUAGAAAAACAUAGGUACAUUUAUAAUAAACUUGCUACAAAUUUUUAAAUAAACGAUGACGGUGGUGUUUGUUGCAACAAAACCGAAUAAUGAUAUUUCCAAAGAAAUUGAUAAAUUUGGGAAAUACCAAAUUUUACAAUAUAUACUUGUGUGUUUACCACUUGUUACGGUAUCCAUGGCUCAUGUUAAUUAUGUGUUUGUUGCUGAAGAAGUUGAUCACAGGUGUUUAGUACCUCAGUGUGAAAGUGCUGAUCCCGAAGUAACUACUCCACUAUGGUGGCCAGCUGAACUGGAUAAGAGGUGUUACAAACCGGUGCUUAAUCAGUCCACGUACGAAAACAAUAAUUAUGUUUGUUCCAGAAAUACAUUUCAAGAUAAUUUUGAAAGAUGUGAAGAGUGGGUUUAUGCAAAUGACAAUUCAAUAUUUUCUGCGCUCAAUUUAGGAUGUCAACAAUGGAAAACAACAAUGGUGGGUUUUAUGCAUAACGCUGGCAUGAUCGCAUCGAUGGUGUUCACUGGCUGGAUCGGCGACAAAUUUGGAAGAAAGCCAACGAUCAUUAUUUGUGCGAUGGGAGGAUGCAUAGGAGCGCUGAAAAUUUUCAUUAAAAACUAUUAUUUGUACGUGACUGUUGAGUUUUUAGAAUCUCUUCUCGAAUCCGGACUUUAUACAGUUGGAGUAGUUUUGUUGAUAGAAGAUGGAGGAGAAAGCAAAAGAGUAUUAGCCGGCGUAAUAUUCUCAUAUGCGGUAUAUUUGGGAGAGGUUUUAUUCGCAAUCUUAGCUAUGACAUUGAAAUUCUGGAAGUUUCUAUUGCUGGUCGUAUAUACGCCUAUGGUAUUCUUCUUAUUGUACUUUUUCAUUCUAAGAGAAAGUAUAAGAUGGCAAAUGCUGCGAGGUAGAAUGAAUGAAGUCAAAAGUACUUUGAAAAGGAUAGUUCAAAUGAAUAAAAUUGAUACUACUUCUGAAGAAAUAGAUGCAAUGACUGAUGAAGAUAUAAGAUCGGCGUUCAAUGUGACUUUACAAAAAGAAAGUGAGAAAUUUAAAGAUAUAAUACAAUCAAAGGAGAUAAUGACACGGCUUGCAGUAACAUGUGUGUGCUUUUUCACUUCAAGUUUCUUAUACUAUGGAUUAGUGGUAAAUUCGGUACUACUGCCAGGGAACAAAUACGUGAAUUUCAUUUUAGCCGCCUUAACAGCCUUUCCGGGAGAUUUGAUAGCGUAUUUUGCUUUUCACAAACUUGGACGAAAGAUCUCAUUGCAAUGCGCCUAUAUUUUAACGGCAAUGUUCCUAAUAGCGCAGACAUAUACCCCGUUGUCCUUAUCUUGGCUCAAGGUUCUUUUAUUUCUCUUGGGUAAAGUAUGUGUUGUGAUGUGUUUUACUGGCAUUUACACUUAUGCCCUUGAACUAUUCCCGACCAGUGUGCGAGGUUCCCUUUUUGGGUUUGGAAAUACAGUUGCUAGGAUUGGAGGCAUGCUGGCCCCUUUAACACCUCUGCUGGUGUCCACAUUAAACGCCUUACCUUCGAUUCUAUUCGCAUCUACUGCUAUAAUAUCUGCUCUGCUGUUGACUUUUACACCUGAAACGAAGACUCUGCCCAUGUUCGAUACCAUUUGUCAAGUUGAAAAUCAUCAUAAGAAAAUCACUACUCAUUUAUAGUUUCUAGAUGCAUCUACCCAAAUCUUAGACGAUCAAAACAUAUUAUUGAACUUAAUGACUAAUAAAAUUAUAAUGUGGUGUGAAUAAAUGUAUUUUUAAAUAAAAUAUAUUCUGGUGAAUAAAUACUUUAUGAGCUUUUAAGAUGUAAGUAUAUUUAAAUAAAAUGGUGACAAGAGGGCCGGCUCUUAUCUCGCGCAAGGGAUAGCGGUUGCCAUCCAGUAAGGAAAUGAAACCUGAGUUUUUUGCUCCGUGCAUAGAGAUUUUUUUGAUAAAGUAUUAAUUAUUAUAAUUUUUUUUAAAGAUUUGGUUUAUUAUUCUGUUUUAUUUCGCAUUAUUUCAUUUUAUUAGUUUGUAUUCUAAUUAUGUUAUAGUAAAUAAAUGCUUUUAAUUUUGUUAACACAAAUUUA